UCUGACCUGGGACUUCAACGAACUUUUUUUUUCAGAUACCUAACCGUCUUGCAAUGCAUACCAAUACAGCUGUCAAAUUUUUCUGCGUGAUUUUCUCGAUACUCAUCACAAUAGCAGCAGUCUCACCUGCACCAUAUUCCGAUUAUGACAAUAUAAAUGACCUCUAUGAACUACUCUUACAACAAGAGAAAUUGAAUGAUGAGCUAGGACGCCAUCAAGUUGAAAGGCGAGCAAGAGGUCCACAACUUCGUCUCAGAUUCGGAAAACGAGCUGGUUCCUUCGAUCCCGUAAUGAAACCCAUACCAGUUGAACGGGCUCCAUCUCUACGUCUACGAUUCGGCAAAAGAUCCGAGGAAAGCCCCAUUUCUGAUUAUUUAUCUGGACUGUCAUCGGAAGGUGCUAAUUAAAUUUUCAAUACACUAACAAUGGAGAUCAUCAAUGACAAUUGAUUAUUAAAAUUACUAGGUUCAUUUCUCUGGUUAUUCUUCGUUAAAGAACUAUUUUUCAGUGUUAAUUUGUAAUGUGAAAUAUAAAUUAUUAAACCGUAUUGAAAAACGAACAUGAAAAUGCGACUUAUUAAAGAAAAUCCAUUAUUCUCAAUCGUAUGUGCAGUGCGAUAUAGUAGUCAAUGUAUUGUUUAGAAAUGUUUCAAAUAAAGCUGUAAUUUUUA